CAGUGGUUGGCCUUCUUUACUGACUGAUGAGUGUCUAGUAGAGUAGCUAUCAUCCGGUUCGGUUGAUGUGAUUAGUUUGCUGGGGCGAUUGAUAUAUGGUGAUGACCCCGUAGCUAUCAAUUCAAAGUGUUAGCUUAGCCAAGAGAGUAUUUUGCACUGGGGGAGAGCAUGAGUGUUCUUACUAAUUUGUAGUCAACUAGCCAUAAAAAAUACUGCUCUAUUGUUCAGUUGCAAUUUUGUAAUUCUACAUCUAGCUUUUAAUAAAUUAAUUCAGGCUAAAUCUCCAGUAACAUUAACAAAGUCUUCAAGGCACGAUAUUAUGACGUUAUCUUGCACCUAAAGCCAUACUCGCUCCAUUUCAAAGUGUUGGGCGUAUUAGAAUAAAACAAAGUUAAAUAUUAUUUUGACCUUCGAUUUAUCAGAACAUUUGCAUGUUUGGGCAGAUGCAUCAAUAGAUUCAUACUUCACUUGUCUUUUAUUUUAGUAUGGUCUGGGUUUUAGAGUAACUGAUAAUAUAUUGUACUGUAAAUUAAUGGCCAAAGUAUAUCUUGAAAGACUUUCUCAAAUCCUAAUUUGCCUUAUUAAAAGAAAUGGAUAGAGUAAUGUAUUGUGAUAAUGUAAUUCUUGGGUGCCAUGGCAACCGCUGCUCACUUUUGGUGUUUAUGUACAUUAUUUCUUACGCAUGGUUUUCAUUACUGGAAUGUUUUAAGGAAGAGGUGUCUGGUGCUGCUAAGGGGAAGAGGGCACAUAGGGUUAUGCUCACCCGGUUGCUUGCUUUGGCAGGCCAUGCUUUGGCAGAGGCAGAGACCAGGCCUGAACCUAAGGAUUUGUGGGAAGAGCCGAUAAAUGCUACUAUGUGGAGACCGUGUUCUGACCAAAGGGAUUGGAAAGCCUCAGCAUAUGUUUGAUCCAGUGCCUUGUUCCUUUGACAUCUAUUCUUUGUAAUUGAAGAGGGAACCAAUGGCUACAUCAUGAUCAGUGCUAAUGGUGGCAUAAACCAGCAAAGAGUUGCGAUUUGUAAUGCAGUUACAAUCUCGCGGUUGCUCAAUGCAACUCUUGUCAUCCCAAAAUUCUUGUACAGUAAUGUGUGGCUGGACAAAAGUCAGUUUGGCGAUAUAUAUCAGGAGGAUUAUUUUAUCAAAUAUCUGAAAUCUGAUAUUCAGAUUGUAAAGGAUCUUCCAGUAGAGCUGCAGUCAUUAGACUUGGAGGCGAUUGGUAGCCUUGUUAAUGAUACAGAUGUCAUGAAAGAGGCAAAGCCCAGUUUAUAUGUGAAAAAAAUACUACCAAUUUUACUGAGAAACAGAGUUGUUCACUUUAUAGGAUUUGGCAAUCGCUUAUCUUUUGACCCAAUACCUUCUGACCUUCAGAGAUUGCGAUGCAGAUGUAAUUUUCAUGCUCUUCGCUUUGUACACAAAAUUCAAGAAACUGGUGCAGUUCUUGUAGAGAGGUUGCAUGGCCGUAGGGCCUCUUCGUCGCCUUUGAAGGAUAAUCUUUUAGGCCAGUUUGCCAUCAAGUCUGACCCCAGUGCGAACAAGAGUGAUGCAUCCAAAUAUCUGGCUGUUCAUCUCCGGUUUGAGAUUGAUAUGGUUGCAUACUCAUUGUGUUACUUUGGUGGUGGCAAAGAUGAGGAAGACGAACUAGAAGCUUAUCGCCAAAUUCACUUUCCUGUUCUGUCAGAACUCAAGAAGACAACAAAGUUGCCCUCUGCUGCUUUCUUACGGUCUGAAGGCAAAUGUCCCCUUGCACCUGAAGAGGCUGUGCUUAUGCUUGCUGCUAUUGGUUUCAAGCGCAGCACAAAGAUAUACAUUGCAGGCGCUGAAAUUUAUGGAGGGAAGGAUAGGAUGGCUGCCAUAAGUCGUCUUUAUCCUGCUUUAGUAACUAAAGAAACCCUUCUGUCUCCAUCAGAGCUUGAACCAUUUAGGAACUUCUCAUCUCAGUUGGCAGCCCUGGACUUCAUUGCAUGUGCAGCUGCCGAUGCAUUUGCUAUGACUGACCCAGGAAGUCAAUUCUCUUCUCUUGUUCAAGGUUACCGCAUGUACUAUGGUGGUGGGGACCUUCCCACAAUAAGGCCAAACAAGCGCCGGCUAGCCAGCAUACUUGUGAAGAAUGCCACGAUUGAGUGGAAUGAAUUUGAAAGUAGAGUAAGAAAACUCAUACAUCAAACUAAGCAAGUUCAUGAGAGGCCUGUUGCAAGAAGCAUAUUUAGACAUCCACGAUGUUCAGAAUGCAUGUGCAGAACAGAGCAAUAGGUUUUUUUUUGAUAGUUUCUUGUGUCUAUACCAAUACUUCUUUUUUAGAAGAAAGACUAUACCAAUGAGAUAAGACUAUACCAAUGAGAUGCCGAAGGUAGUUCUUUUGUGCUUCAGAAAUCUGGAUAUAUCUCUUGCCCUUGAACUACUUUGGAAUCAAACUGUAAAAAAGAAAAUACAGUGAUUGAGCUCUUGUUUGUAUCAGAGAAGCAAUAUAGCUGACUAGCUCAUCCAUUCUCUUACUGCCAUGAUCUACUGCUAGGCAUCAUGUUGGAUUUGGAUUUUUGGCAGAAUUUUGUCUCAUGUUUGAUGGAAGUAGACCAGGGACUAAAUUUUGCAUCUGGACAACAAUGCCGCCAUAUUUUUGAUUGGGGUCAGCUAAAUCAUUCUGUGAAUGAAGGUGCAUCAUCUGCAGCUGACUCUGGAAGUAAUAUAUUGACCAAACUGAGCAACAACAUUCUUAUUGUUGAUAUUGCUAAUUGGCUAUUGCUAUCGUGCCUCAAUUCUACUCGGGUUACCAUUCAACAAAUCAUUCUGCCAGAGUUCUGCCAAUCGUGUAUUGCCAUCUCCAUUGUUGCUACCAUGCGAUGGAGCCAGAUGGCAUCUUGACUCCUUUUUUAACAUUCUUUUGUUCAUUGUACCAUAAGCGAUGCAUAUAGUUAGGUUGUAAGUUUAUGUCAACUGAAAGCUUUCAUUAUCAGUGAGAGAAAUGUUCCUUUUUGUGCAUGCUUAUGUGCUCAUCCAAGGGCACUCUUGUAUAUUAAUGUUUUGACUAUUUUCUUUGGAAAUGCCCUGAAAUUGGGAAUGAACAAAGUCAGAUUCGUGAUUCACAGUGUGAUGUUAGAAGCACCUGAUGUCUGGUGUUGUGAUGAAUGUAUUGGAAGGCAUUUUGUAUGGA